AUGGCGGAAAUACCCGAAAAGGACGUUCCUUUCACGGUUGAAGAUAUUGUUCAGAUGCCCUUACCCGGUUGUGUAGCACCAACCGCAGUCAGCUUUAGUCCUGAUGACUCUCUGAUCACUUACUUGUUUAGCCCUGAAGAGAAUUUGAAUAGGAGAGUGUACGCGUUUGAUGUUACCAAAGGAGAGUCUAGUUUGGUUUUUAGUCCUCCUGAUGGUGGAGUUGAUGAGAGCAACAUUUCACCGGAAGAGAAGCUGAGAAGGGAGAGGUUGCGUGAGCGUGGCUUAGGAGUGACUCGGUAUGAAUGGGUCAAGACAAACUUGAAGAUGAAAUUCAUUGUCGUGCCUUUACCUGCCGGGGUGUAUAUGAAGGAUCUUACUUCAUCACCAAAUCCGGAGCUCAUACUUCCAUGUACACCAACUUCUCCAGUCAUUGAUCCUCGUCUAUCUCCUAAUGGCUUAUUGCUUGCAUACGUGAGAGACUCCGAGUUGCAUGUCUUGAAUCUGUUGAAAAACCAGACACAGCAGCUAACAAACGGUGCCAAUGAAAGCACUCUUACUUAUGGUCUUGCUGAGUACAUAGCUCAGGAAGAGAUGGAUCGGAGGAGUGGCUACUGGUGGUCACUAGAUAGCAAGUUUAUAGCCUAUACAGAAGUUGACUCCUCACUGAUCCCUUUGUUCAGAAUAAUGCAUCAGGGCAAAAGUUCAGUUGGUUCAGAGGCACAAGAAGAUCAUGCUUAUCCUUUCGCAGGAGCUCUCAAUUCCUCUGUCCGUCUCGGAGUAGUUUCUUCAUCUGGCGGUGGGAAGACGACUUGGAUGAAUCUUACAUGCGGAGGCAAGAACAAUACGGAGGAUGAGUAUCUUGGCAGAGUUAACUGGAUUUCAGGGAACGUUCUCACUGCACAGGUUCUAAAUAGGUCGCAGAGUAAACUGAAGAUCAUCAGCUUUGACAUAAACACUGGUCAAGGAAACAUAAUCUUGACAGAAGAAUCCGAUGCGUGGGUGAGUUUACAUGACUGUUUCACACCUCUAGAGAAAGUCCCUUCGUCGUCGAGGCGUUCAGGAGGAUUCAUUUGGGCCAGCGAGAGGACUGGUUUCAGACAUUUGUAUCUUUAUGAGUCUGAUGGGACAUGCCUUGGACCCAUCACUAGCGGUGAAUGGGUGGUUGAGCAGAUAGCAGGCGUGAAUGAGCAGAUGUCUCUGGUUUAUUUCACUGCCACUCUCGAUGGACCGCUUGAGACUAAUCUCUACUGCACAAAACUGGAAGCUGGGGAUGAGGCGUCUCGGUGUCAACCGUUGAGGCUUACACAUGGGAAAGGGAAACAUGUAGUUGUGCUUGAUCACCAGAUGAAGAACUUCGUCGACAUUCAUGACUCAGUCGAUACGCCUCCACGUGUUUCUCUUUGCUCUUUGAGCGAUGGAACCGUGCUGAAGAUUCUCUACGAGCAGGCAUCUCCUCUGCCUGUACUGAAAAGCCUUAAACUUGAGCCUCCAGAGUUUGUUCAGAUACAAGCGAAUGAUGGCACGACGAUGCUGUGUGGAGCUGUUUACAAACCUGACUGUUCGAAAUUCGGUCCUCCUCCGUAUAAAACGAUGAUCAAUGUUUACGGAGGUCCCGGCCACCAGUUGGUUCUUGAUUCUUGGGUCAAUACAGUCGACAUGAGGACACAGUACUUGAGAAGCAGAGGCGUCUUGGUUUGGAAGCUUGAUAACAGAGGAACACCAAGGCGUGGGCUGAAAUUUGAAUCUUCGAUCAAGAACAAAUGUGGUUAUGUUGAUGCGGAGGACCAAGUAACCGGAGCCAAAUGGCUAAUCGAGAAAGGUCUAGCUAAACCGGACCAUAUUGGGGUGUAUGGAUGGAGUUAUGGUGGAUACCUCUCAGCGACGCUCUUGACACGAUACCCUGAGAUCUUUACCUGUGCUGUCUCGGGUGCUCCUGUGACGUCAUGGGAUGGGUACGACACGUUCUAUACGGAGAAGUACAUGGAGCUUCCUGUGGACGAGCGGUACGUGAAGAGCUCGGUGAUGCACCAUGUUGGGAACUUGAGGGAUGAGCAGAAGCUGAUGUUGGUGCAUGGGAUGAUCGAUGAGAAUGUGCAUUUCAGGCACACGGCUAGGCUUGUGAACGCGCUUGUUGAAGCCGGGAAGAGGUAUGAGCUGUUGAUGUUUCCAGAUGAACGGCAUAUGCCGAGGAAGGAGAAGGACAGGGUUUAUAUGGAGCAGAGGAUUUGGGAGUUUAUAGAGGAGAGCUUAUGA